CUAGCCCGAUAUAGUAACCUUAUGCAUUCCUUUGAUUUUAUGUGUGGCAAGACUUACCAAAACUAAUGUCAAAAACGGGUGUGGCAACAAGCUGAAUUGAAUGGUCGUUGUUUGAUCGUAUACAAAUAAAUUAAAAGCAUUAAUGCAUAACAAUUUAAUGAUUAAGUGCCUUGCUUUUAAACGGAACAUUAUUAGAAUAUCAAAAUGUACAAGCACUGUCUUCUUGGUUGUCUUGUUUUUCUUUUUUCAGUCAUAAAUGUUCUAGGUUUGGAGUGUUAUGUCUGUGAAAACCAAGAAGAUAAUAAUGAGAAAUGCGUUAAAACGAUUAAAAAUUGCGAGUAUAAUCAAGAUGUUUGUUUGACUGAAAUAAAAUGGGGAAGUACACCUUACUGGUCUCAAGGUGCAAAGAAACAGUAUUAUGUAUCGAAGCGGUGUUCCAAUAAGACGGAAUGUGCGACUACUAGACACCGCUACAUGCCACUGUGUACACACAUUUGGUACCAGGACUGGGUGUGUUCAGAUUGCUGUCUUGGUGAUAGAUGCAACUAUUAUAUUAUAAGUGGCAGUGAUGCAGUAAAACCAGUUUCUAUUGUGUUAGGAAUAGGAUUAGGAUUAUUCUUAUUAAAGAAUAUUUUAUAAAAACCUGCCUGUGUCGGUCAUCAACAAUUGAGAGGAUAAAGUGAGUAAUUUUUACUGCAAAACUACUUUACAAAAUAUUGACCCAGUAAGCAGUAAGUAAUAUAAGCAAAAGUAGUGUGACUGUUUAAAAUAAUGUUAUUUUUGCAACAUAAUAGUUUUGUAAAUAUCACAUUUUGUACCAUAAAAUUAAUAAAAAUUGCCUUAACAAUAAUUACAACAAGUUGACUUCAAGCACAAUGAUAAUUUCAAUUAAUUAUUAAAUGAUAACAACAAUAUAUGGUUUGAAUAAGUUGACUGCCUUUUAAGUGGUUUUUUAUACUAUAUUUUCUUAUUUUAUUGUAUCCUAAGUGAGGUACCUAAUGAUGAUAAUGUGAAAAACAGAUUUUUAACAAACAAACAUUUGUUUUAUAUAAUUAUAUAAUGUAAUUGUUAUAGAACUGAUAUAUUCCAUUGUUUUGUAUUUUAAGUGUAGACUUAAAUUUUGUAAUAUUAUUUUUAUCAAUUUAUAAACUACAAGUGAAAUUCUCAUUGUAGAGAUCAUUUAUGAGAGUUGAUGGUGGCACUGGAAAGUACUACAAUGAUGUAAAAUGUACAUUUAGCUAAUUAUUCUUUGAAUCUCAAUUUUCUCAAGUUUUGUUAUUUUGUAACAUAAUCCGUCCAAUUAUGUGCUUUACUCUUUUAUGUAUUUUUAUAUUAAAUAUUCAUGUGGUGAAAUGACACUGUUUUUUUG